AUGGGAAAGAGAGGGAAAGAGGCGGUGCCGGUCACGGGACGGAUGCUUUUGCUGACUGAGGAUCUCCGGGGAGCAGUCCAGCUCAUCAACGCUCUUGGAACCAAAGCUGUGAGCUUGACCAUCAGAGAUACAAUAACCGACGUCGCAGCUACUAGGUCAUUAUCGAGCGGUGCUAGCGUCACUUCAAAGGCAAUCGGCGAUUGUAGCAUCGUGGUCUCGUACGAGGGAUACAACCGAACCUUUGCUUUCCCUUAUCCAGUUCGGGGUAAGCAGCACAAGACUCGAAUUGCUCGCAAGUCAUCCUACAUUGAGAUCGAAAGCUUCAUACGAUCCAACUUCGAGGACUUCCUCGAUCUUUCGCUCAAUCCAUUCCCCGUCACCGUCAUUCAAGAAGUUCCUAAUUUGUUGAACGCUCAUUACCUCAAGUUGUCCGCUCUUCCAGCUCUUGAUUUAACCUCGCUAAAGUCGGCCGAAUGGCUUCGGAUACAUGUGGGGAUGUCGAUUUCGACCGGCGAGAGGCAACAUUCGACGGUGAAGAAGCCCGAAGAAGCACGCGCGGAAGAACGCACACUUAUUGACGUUAAACAAACCUUACAGAUCGCCAUCACUCAGUUCGCAGAAAAACGGCAAAGAAUCAUCGGGUUGAUUAAUCCCAACAACCGAAAAGGCCUCCAUACCUUAUUCUUCAUGAACGACAUCAGGCUGGAUUUAGGUGCCCACACCGUCGUUGCAGAUGCUUGCGUUGUCCCUUUGACCGAAUCGCUUGUCGAGAAAGCGAAGCCACUUCUGUAUCACCUGUCUAAGACUCGCGGUUUUCUACCAGUUAACACUUUGGAUGAGGAAGUUAAGGCGUUGAGGAAGCUCUUGCCUCUUUUCGCUGAACGUUGUCGAACCUGGAAGCAUACAGAGAAAUGUGAAUACCUCCUGAAGGGUAUCCCGGCAGCACUCGACGGCUUCACCCAGAGCCCUCUCUGCAGCUGUGGAAAGGGCAAGGAUCUUGGUGCCUUUGGCAUGGCAGCGCAGUGGAAGGUGCUACAUUCGGAGGCAACCAGGGUCGCUAUCAGCCCACUAUUCACGUUCUCGUUCAUGGAAGACGUCUUUGCCCCUCUGACGACGGCGAUGGGCAAAGGUCCCAAAUCCGCUUCGAAAUUGAAGACUUCCUUUUCCCCAGUUCCGCAUUCCUCUUCCAUGAAACCGACCUCUCCUCGGGUGCAAGAACGUCCAAUAUUGCUCUUCUAUGUGCCAAAAAGCCCAUUGGAAAGCCCACAAACUUGA